AUGGUACGAUUAAAUGUUGAUCAAAUGAGCCGUUAUGUUAGUCCAGUUAAUCCAGCUGCUUUUCCAACACUUAGCAUAGUUUUAUUAGGUAUUGGCAUAUUUUUGAUGUCAUGGUUUUUUGUUUAUGAGGUCACAAGUACAAAAUAUACUCGUGACUGGAAAAAAGAAAUUCUCAUUGCUCUUGUGGCAUCAUUUUUUCUUGGUUAUGGUGGUUUAUUUCUUUUACUUUGGGUUGGAAUUUUUGUUUGA